AUGCUCACCACUAUACCACCAACGCUACACAGCCCGGGCGGCCUCCGGACGCCGGCCCCGGGCUCGCCCCAGCAUACUCUCCCCGCCGCCGCCGCCGCCGCCGCCGCCGCCGCCGCCGCAUCCCUGCCCCGACGCCCCGUCAGCCGGAGGCUCUGCGCCGCCGCCGGCGCCACCAGCAGCCGCGCGCCGCCCCCAUGCGCGCCAGCGCGACGCCGUUGCGUGGUCCACCGGCCCGACGGCCUUGCGGCCCUCCGGCCCUUCGCUCCCCGCCGCGGCCCGCGAACGCCUCCGCCCUCAGCUCCGGCGGGCAACGCGGGGCACGCAGCUUCCCGCACCCAGCUGGCCAAAAAGCCCUUCUCCACCGGGCGCUGGGCGCCGCCACUUCCCACGACGACUUGGGGACACGGGACCCAGCUGCCUGCACGCGUCGCGGCGCUGUGCCGAGCCGCACGGCGGGGGCGUCGCGAGCCUAGGAGCCCACUGAGGCAGCCAGUGGGGGUGGGUGCGUGGGCGGCCGGGCGGCCGGGCGCGCCGCAAGCUCCGGCUCUGGUCGGGCAAGGCCGUGGGGUGGCCAAGGAGGCCCUCGCUCGGCCGUGGCGACCGCGGCGGGACGAGACCAAGGGCCCUUGGGGGCCUGGCGGCAGGACAGAGAGCGACCGCGGCCACCAAAAAGGGGGUGUGGCCUCCCCGUCGGGGAAUCGAACCCCGGUCUCCCGCGUGACAGGCGGGGAUACUCACCACUAUACUAACGAGGACGGCGGCGACCGUCCUACCCACGGGCCCCCGGCCACCGCGGGUCCCGACCCAACCGCGCACCCAACCAACCGCCUCGGUCACAGCGGCAGCCCGCCACCCCGACAGGGCCCCGGACCCCCGGGGCACUGGACACGCCCCAGUGCGCGCCGCCUCUUGCCUCCAACGCGGGCAUUCCGCCGGCAGAAGGGGGCCCGAGAAGGAAAGCCAGGCUGCGAGGACACGGUGGGCGCGCGCCGGCCGGCGUCCGGCCAGGAGAGGCGCGGCUGGGGAGGGGCCGGCCCGCCCAGGGCCCGGCUGGGUCCGGGGCGCGACCUGCGGCCGCCGCGCGCCGACUCCGUCGACACCCACCCCGGACGGCCGCCUGCCUGCCUGCCUGCCUGGCCUGCCUGGCUGCCUGCCGCGGCGCAGCGCGCGGCCCGCCAAGGGCACCGGGGCUGGCGCCGCGUCGGGUCCCAGCCAGGCGAGCGGCCACGCGCCCAGCCAGGCCCGCCGUCAGGAUGGCCGAGCGGUCUAAGGCGCUGCGUUCAGGUCGCAGUCUCCCCUGGAGGCGUGGGUUCGAAUCCCACUCCUGACAAGCCAGCCUUUUGGCCCGCCGGACAAACGCACCCGUCCUCCCCGCGCCACUGCCUUUCUCCACACACGCGCUGCCUCCCGCCACCUGCACCCCCGCCCCAGGAACCUUCAGUCCUCCUCAGCGCAUCCUUCCUCCCCAGCUGGCUGCAGCUGCAGCUGCAGCUGCUGGCUUUUCCUGCCUCCCCGCUUCCCCCUCGCCCACCCUCGCCCACCCUCCCACUUCCACUCCCACGGCCCCGCCCCGCCCCCGGCCGCGCCGAAGCACGCAGCCCCGCCGCGGGUGGCAAGCCCUCCUCGCGUCGCCGGCGCUCCGACUUCUGCCGGGAACGGCCAACUGGCUCUCGCAGCCUUGCUUCCACGUCCGCCCCCGGCCGCUCUCCCUCCGGCCGGCACCCUGUCCUCCGCAGCCGGCCCGCCGGCCCGCCUGCGCUCCCCAGCCACACCGAGGCGGCCGAGCCCCCGCCUUGCCCGCCAGGGGGGUGCUGCGUGCCCUCGACGCUUCUGCGCCUUGCGGCCUUGGCCGGGCCACACCUGCCUGCCGCCCGCCAGGGACACGUGCCUCCCAGCCUUCCUGCGGGCCAGCGAACACCGGUCUUCCUGGCACGAGUCCGUCCCGGGAAGGGUGCUCCUCUGGGGAGGGAGCGGAAGCCCUGCGUGCCCGUGCAGCCCACCCACAGGCGCCCCCGCGCCCGUUCCCGGGGCAAGCCGCUGCCCGGGCCGCAGCCAAGCCCGCCUGCGCGCGCUCCCUGCCUCAGCCGGCAGUCCCCGAGCCAGGAGCCGCUCUGCCAAAGGGCCCCUCCUCACCAGCACCACCACCCCGUCAGAGCCGGACCUCGGGAGCGCGGGCCGCCAGAGCGCAUCGAGCCGGGCUCACACGCCUUGGGGUCGGGACCCGGCGGUCGCUGA